GUGUGUGCUCUAACUCCCGGAGAGCAAUCAGGGAGACGGCUCCCCGGCCAGACUUGGCUGAUGUUUUCUUGUUUCUGUUUCAGCCUUCAGGAUAAUUCCUUCAGCAGCACCGCUGUAACAGAGUGUGACGAAGACACAGUCUCUCUACAUGAAGACCACACUGAUUGCUCCAGCCUCAGGGAUGAAAACAAUAAGGAGAAUUACCCCGACGCCGAGGCACGCAUAGAGGAGCAGGUGCGGCCCCUGCGCGAGGCCCAGCAGCAUAGAGAGCAGACCCUGCUUCUCGACGGCGUUUUGCGACCCGGCAUGGGCAACUUCAAGUCCCGGAAGCCCAAAUCCAUCCUGAGGGGAGAGAGUGGGAGGAGCCACGGAGAAAGUCAGGAGACAGAUCACGUGGUGCCCAGCCAGUCAGAGUGUCAGGGCAGAGCCGGGACGCCAGCUCACGAGAGUCCACAAAGCAAUGCCUUCAGGUGCCAAGAAGCAGUGCGACUGCAGCCAAGAAUAGACCAGAAGACUUCUGUCUGGCCAAAGGAUGCUUUUGAAACUCAGCAGGACUUAAAUGAGGAAGAAGCUGCCCAGGUGCAUGGAGUCAAGGACCCAGCCCCAGCACCGACCCAGAGUGUGCCUGCUGAUGGGGUGGAUUCUGCAGACCCCGUGCCAGUCCACAGAGAUGAGCAGAAUGGAGCAGACAGUGCCCCAGAGGACCAGCAGGCUCUGGGGACCAGCAGGUUGCUCUAUCACAUCACUGACGGCGACAACCCCCUGCUGUCACCUCGCUGCUCCAUCUUCAGCCAAAGCCAGAGAUUCAACUUGGACCCUGAAUCAGCCCCCUCUCCACCCAGCACUCAGCAGUUCAUGAUGCCCCGAAGUUCUUCCCGGGGCAGCUGUGGUGAUAGCAAGGAGCCACAGACCAUUACCCAGCUCACCAAGCACAUCCAGAGCCUCAAGCGGAAAAUUCGGAAAUUUGAAGAAAAAUUUGAACAGGAAAAGAAGUACCGGCCUUCACACGGUGACAAGACUUCUAAUCCUGAAGUCCUGAAAUGGAUGAAUGAUUUGGCUAAAGGUCGCAAACAGCUCAAAGAACUAAAGCUGAAGCUGUCAGAAGAACAAGGGAGUGCUCCCAAAGGCCCACCUGGAAACCUCUCGUGUGAGCAACCCACAGUCCCCAGAGAGCAUGGGAAGCCAGAAGCUGCAGGCCCUGAGCCAAGCUUUUCUGGGGAGGAGACUACAGAUGCUGUGUGGACAUGUCUGAAGGAGAAGAGACAGCAGCUUCCGCCACAGGAGGACUCCAAGUUUCAUGUUUUUCAGGUAACCAAGCAAGACAAGAACCUCAUAAAGCCUCUUUAUGAUCGGUACAGAAUUAUCAAGCAAAUCUUGUCAACGCCUUCUCUUAUUCCAACAAUUCAGGAGGAAGAGGACUCUGAUGAAGACUGUCAACAGGGAGGUCAGCAGCCUUCUUUGCCAGACCCAGCAUCUCACCUGCCUAUUGGUGAACAUGUCACCUACUCAGAUGAGACUGAGCCUGUUAGGACCCUGCUUCCAGAUGAAAAGAAAGAAGUAAAACAGCCAGCUCUCUCCAUGUCUAAUCUACAUGAGGCUACCAUGCCUGUGCUGCUUGACCAUCUUCGAGAAACUAGAGCUGACAAGAAGAGACUCCGGAAAGCCUUAAGAGAAUUUGAAGAGCAGUUUUUUAAACAAACAGGAAGAAGUCCACAAAAGGAAGACAGGAUUCCAAUGGCAGAUGAGUACUAUGAAUACAAGCACAUAAAAGCCAAACUGAGAUUAUUAGAGGUCCUCAUCAGCAAGCAAGAUGUAGCCAAAACUAUUUGAGGUUCAGGAAAUGUUUAUGAUCUUUUCACUUACAAUAAAGUCAAGCUUAUCUUCCUCUGCCAUUGUUGCAAGCAGCUUUGACAUACUGAAAAUGGAAGCACUUUAGUGAUAGUAUUAACUGUUUUUAAGAAGGAAUAACAAAUGCAAUUAAAUUAUAUUUGAGGAAGGAUUUGGAUGAGGGAAAAUAGAACAAGUAACUCUAAUUGGUAAAAAUGCAGUCUUCUCCAUGCCAAGGGGUAAUUGUGAAUAUAAUGAAUGCAAAAUAAUCUAAUGAAAUCAGUGUAAUACAUAGCCAAGCUACCUGUUACAGAAAGUUUAUAUACUGUCCAAAGAUUAUAUAGGUUGAUAAGUGGAGAGCAUAAUUUUUUAAAACCAGGGAGAAGAGGAAAAGGAAUUCUGCUUGUCAUGUAGGGAGGAAUUCAACUAGCAAGGAAGAAAUUUACUUAAAACUUUUAGUAGAUUUUUAAGUGAUAAAAUACCUACUACCUUGUCCCUUAAGUCUGCUAGGCUCUCAGUACCCUAAAAUA